AGGCCGAGAGGGAGGGGUGUCUGAAAGCGGAGGGAGGAGAGAAAAAACGGGGGAAAGAGGAGGAACCCGCCUGCCUCCCUGUCGUCCGGAGGAGGGGGGAGAACAAGCCCAAGCAACCACCUAAUGUGGCCGACCGUCCGCCCCAGCAGCAGCAGCAGCAGCUCCUCCGCCGCCCGUGCUCGGGAGAUCACCAGGCCAAAACACAUCCCUCUGCCCGUGCCGUCCUCCUGAGAAAGCCGCAGCGAUGGGAGUGGAAGGCUGCACCAAGUGCAUCAAAUACCUGCUUUUUGUCUUCAAUUUUGUCUUCUGGUUGGCCGGAGGAAUAAUUCUUGGUGUGGCAUUAUGGCUUCGUCAUGAUUCAAAGACUACAACUAUAUUGGGCUCUACAUUGAAUGACCAACAGGCUCCUAGCACUUACUAUGUUGGAAUCUACAUCCUGAUUGCUGUUGGAGCAGUGAUGAUGUUUGUGGGUUUCCUGGGAUGCUACGGUGCUAUCCAAGAGUCACAGUGCCUUCUGGGAACGUUUUUCACAUGUCUUGUAAUACUGUUUGCUUGUGAAGUGGCUGCUGGAAUCUGGGGAUUCGUUAACAAGGAUCAGAUUGCCAAAGAUGUGAAACAGUUCUAUGACCAAGCAGUGUUUGAAGCAAAGUUGACUGAUGAGAACAAAUCCAAGGCAGCACAAGCAGUAGUGAAAAGCUUUCAUGAAACACUCAAGUGCUGUGGCACGGGGUCAUUCUUAACAGAUCUAUACAUCAAGGCGACUGCUGAGGAUUUCUGCAGUAAAGGACUCCUUACUUCAGUUUGGACAAAUGAAUACAACUGUCAUAUUAAAAUUGAUGAGCUGUUCUCUGUAAAGCUGUACCUGAUCGGCAUCGCUGCCAUUGUGGUGGCCGUUAUCAUGAUCUUUGAAAUGAUCCUGAGCAUGGUGUUGUGCUGUGGCAUCAGAAACAGCACUGUCUAUUGAGAAGCAGAAGGGCAGGGGCCAAACAAUGGUGCCGAAGGGACCCCAAAGUGCCGCUGUCAGAUCAGGAGACACUUUCAAAAAAAGACACAGAAAAUUAUGUAUAUAAAUAUUUCAACUAUUACCAUACAGUACUUAUCAUUUUUACUUGGAAGUAUUUUUAUUUGUUUUAAGGGGUGGGGAAAGGGAGUUAUUUUGUAUAUUUGUGGCGGAGUUAAUUACACAUCACUUCGUAUAGUAGAAAAGCUAUCGUACCAGUGGUUCUAAACCCUUUAUCAAAGAUAGCCUUUCUCUCCUCCUCUUCCUUUCUGUCCCCUUGUGUUGCAAUGUUGACAGCACGGGACAAAGGAGAGGUUCCCAUCCACAGGGGCCACCCUUUAAUGAGGAACAUGGACACUUUUCUGCAUCUUUGUUCCCCAACAACGAUGGGGAGGAGAAGGCUGAAGUAGUUCUUUGGCAGUUGUGCUCACUAUUUCCUGUUCGUACAUUCUGUCUUGAUUUGUAAAUGAUCUUGGAUUCUUGGUCUAAAUCUGUGCGUGUGUAAGGAUACAAGAGUUCUCCUUUGGUGUAAUUCAGCUACUGCUUUCAAUUCUGCUGUUAAAACUUGCAAAUCUGGCAGUAUUUUCCGUACAGUGUACAUACAUACCCAGUGCGCCUUUCAGUGGCAAGGAGACCUUGCUCACAAAUGCUUAUAAGCCCAUGAACUUGAAAGUCCAUGAUGUCUCCUGCUGUCACAACAUAGAUGCUGAGUCAAGGCCAGGUCUUUCAAAUUCAAGACAGCCUUGCAAGAAAUUAAUGUACAACAGGGAGAGCAUUUAAACUAAGUUCAUUAAUUUUAAACCAAUAGAUUUUAUUUUAUUUUUUAGACUGAAGAAGUCAGAUAAUGGAAUGUUGAUGUUUAUUUUUAUAUCUCACUGCUAAAACUGAACUCUCCGUGUGCUGACAUCCACAGUCCUGGAUGCAAACACUGUUUGAUGCCACUCACCAAGUAAAAUGUGUAAUCAUCCAAUGAUGACAAAAGUUGUCUCUUGAAAGGAAAUCAGUGAAGUAACGGCUGGAAGUUUGUAAAUGAAAGGUACAGUGUU